UGUUAUAGUAGGCAGGAUCUAUCAGGGUAGGAAGGCUCCCUCACUCGCCCUGGAACAAUGGGAGACAUGGCAGCCUCUGCAGACAGCACAGACGCGCACACACAAUGCACAUGCCCAAGGACAAGCCUGCUGUAGCCACAGCAUAGAGGAAACCUGCUUCCUCAUCAUACUGGCAAAGUGAGCACACUUUCAACAAGGGGAACACGCUCUCAUCUGCAGCUGCAAUUCAGAAAUGUAUAAUUGGGCUCUCUCUUUUUCAGUUUUUUCUUCUUUUUUUUUUGUGUCCCUUGCGGUGCCUUACAUUUCCCUCUGCUGGGAGUAGCUCUCAGAUCUUCUGGAUGACUGGAAAGGCAACAGGAGCAAGCUCUGUUGCGUGUCGUCGGGAGACUCCUCCUCCACAAUCAGACUGCAACGUCUAGAUGAGAACAAUGUCUGAUGAGGCAGAACCGAGAGUGUGCGAUGAGGAUUUUGGUUCGGAUGAGGAGGGCGAGGAGGCAGAUGUAGAGUCUUAUCUGGAGGACAACAGCAGUGAGCUGAUGGACCGACUGAGAGAGCUGGAGGCAGAGAAUUCUGCCCUGAUGUUGGCGAAUGAGAGCCAGAGAGAAGCUUAUGAGAGAUGUUUGGAUGAGGUGGCGAACCAUGUGGUCCAAGCUCUGCUAAACCAGAAGGAUCUGAGGGAGGAGUGCAUCAAGCUGAAGAUGUUAGUGUUUGACCUGGAGAGACAGAACCGAGCUCUUUGUGAGCUUUUCCAGCAGAAGCUCCCCAACCACCCCCCAGCUCACUACCAGGUUCAGGCAGGUCCUCUCCCAGACAACAGUUCACAGAUGCACAAUGACUCGGCCAAACAGGUGGAACCUGCACAGACUGAAGCACAAGCCAAGGGAAAUGGCUACUGCACACAGCAUGCCUCCCCAGGCUCCUGCGGCACUGCAGCCUCUAUGGAGGCACUGUCUCCUUUCUUCAAAAAGAAAGCACACAUCCUCGAGGUCCUGCGCAAGAUGGAGGAGACGGACCCGCUCAAGUUCCAUCCGUCCACAACAACCCUGCCUUUCUGCGACUACAGCCAGGUGCUGAUUUCCACCGAGGCUGUGCUGGCCUCCGCAGACCCGCUCCCACGGCAGUGCAAGUCCCACCACACAUUCUGCCACUGCUCCUGCUUGGACACACACCAGCAUGUUAAUAGUGACGGAUCAGUGAAGUGUGAGGGGGGGGACACCUGUUGUUUACGCUGCAAAAGAAGCCCCGAUAGCCCUUCAAAGCCAUGCAACCACGUCUGUACCCCUUUGAAAGUCAUCUCUGCCGCCCAGAGCUACGUUGCUCCUGAUGCUGCUGCUGCGAGCGACUGCCACAGUAAGACCAGAACAGACCAAUCUGUACCUCCAUCCAAACAAAUGGCAGUUAACGAAGUCCACCAGCAGCCAGCGGUUGCCACUGGCAACUCAUCACUCACAGAAAUGGUGCGUCAGAGCCUGGAGUUGGUCAAAGCAGAGCGUGAUAAGUUUGAGAGUCACGUAAAGUCUGCUACCUCUGAGGACCUCUCUGCUCUCUGUGCCCCUGCCCAGCUACCUAACUCUGGGAGAGAGUGUGCACAGAUCUCCCUCUGUGAUGUGGACACAGGUGAUGGCAUUGGCAAAGACGUGGCUCUAUCUUCCAACGCCAUCUUGAGGGACACCUCAGCCGUCCAGGAGAAAGACGGCACAGAUGAAGAGGCUUCCUCUGUGAGAGCCAGCGCGUCCGUCAGCCCCAGCCCCUCCUGCCUCAGCGACGUCAAGGCCGCCGCCAUCAACUCCCCGUCCAAGCUGCUCAAGUUCCUGAAGAUCCCGUCAAUGGGAGAGAAGUGUCAGGCCUCCCCCUCGGCGGUCCGCCUGAGCCCUCAGCUCACACGCAACUCCAGGAUCCCCUGUCGCACCAACAACUACGAGGUGUACCACUCCCCUGUUCCCUCCCGCAGAGUGACCACUGCAGAGCGGUGCAGGCAGCCCCCUCCCCCACCCUCCAGGUCCGAGUCCUACCCCGCCACACAUUCAGCACCGACCUCCCCUCCACAGCCUGAGGAUGUUUGCCCUCUGCCCGUCAAGGACAUAAGCUACAGUAGCCUCUCCGCACCUAAAGCUAGUGCCGGUGCUGGGUUGAAGUCCGGGGCCUCCACUGCCCCGUCCUCUUGUUCACCUAAGGUUUCUCAAAGGGUCCCUCAUUAUGAAAAUGUCUGUGAUAUUUCCAGCUCUAGAGAAGAUGUAACAGCCAAGGAUCUUGAGAGGAGGACCACCCUUUCAUCUCAAGGGAAGGCAAAUGGUGGCGAGAGGAAGCUUAUCAAAUCACUGCCAGAAAGUGUCCUGAAUCCUCCGCCACGACAAAAGCAGUCAUCUUCAUCAACUUCAGAGUCAACAUCAGGCGAUGAGGAAGAUUCUGACAGCCCAGUAUGGGUUAAUCAUCACAGCCUGCCCACCUCAUCUGCAGUCAGCAAAGCUCAGAGCAGAGUGAGCUACUCACAAACCAGAGAGAAACAAGAGGUGGAGGUCAGGGAGGUCAGUGUGGCGAGCUCUGAUGUCACCCAACCUCCAACUCUUGUCAGAAAGAGUGACUCCUCAUCUAUCCCCAAGAGGCCCACGGCUGUGGCAGCCAGAUCUCAGCCUGAUUCCAGUCAUCAUGCUUUCAAAGACAGACUCGCCGCUUUGGGAAAGCUAAAGAGCUCUGAGGAUUUACAAGCCGGCCUCCGGCUCGUCGACACAAACGAGGGCACCUAUGGAGAGGAGAGGAGCAAGACAGUAGAGAGGCCCAUGGAUAAAGAAGAGCAUAGACAUUCAAAAUACACCGAUUCUUUGGAUGGUAAACCUAAAAUGAACAGUGUUGGUUUGAAAUGUCCAGGUACUUCCCAGAUCUAUGAACAGGCAGUAAAAUUCCAGUCAUCUGCCAACACUGGGGCUAAACAAGAACUAUGUGUGGCCAAGGUAGAGGGCCCCAAGAGCAAAAUUGGAUUACUGUCGCCCAGUGCAGAUGCCCCUCAGGUGUUGAGGAACAACAUUAAGUGUCCUGGCUCCUUGAACUUGUCUUACAAUGUCAAAGCCCCCCAGUGUAGCAAUAGCCCCAACAAAAUCCCUCCAAAGUCUCCAUCCAGACCUUGCCAAGGCCCCUCUUUCCAGAGAGGGGGGAAGGCUUCAGAGGCCCCACGUUACUCGUCCAAAUCAGAGGAAAGGUCCAAGAUCAGUGGAAAGGGGAAGAAAAAUCCAUUGUACGGAGACAGCCUCCCACCUCCUCCUCCAAGACCUCCAGUUUCUGAGGGGGAGAAGCCCUUGCAGCCAGUUCCCAGCCCGCAGUCUGCUAUUGAGCAGAAAGUGAUGAAGGGCAUCGAGGAGAACGUGCUUAAGCUUCAGGAGCAGGACAGAGGCGGUCAGGGGAGUGAGGUCAAACAGAAAGCCUCCAACGGCAUUGCCAGCUGGUUCGGCCUGAAAAAGAGUAAACUGCCAGCACUGAGCCGCAAGACCGAUGCCACCAAAGCCAAGGAUGAGAAGAAGGAGUGGAAGAUAAACAUCCCCUCAGUGGGCAGGGACCCUGUGAAAAUGGCCACCAGGUGUAAAGAAGGUGUGGAAGGUCUGAACAUUUCAACGUUGAUGGAGAAGGCGGAGGGGCUGAGGAGAGCCCUGGAGGAGGAGAGAGCCUAUGUGGAGAGGUCUGGGCGGGGCCACUCCUGCGAGGUGGUCAUGGACCAGGCUCAGGGACAGCUGGCCGUCAUGUACCGGGGCGGCCGCUCCGACAACUUCAUGCAACAGCUGCUCAACAGAGUGGACGGGAAGGACGUGAUCAGUGUGCCCCAGCGCCGGCUUUCCUUCGACUGUAAAACCUCCAAGCCGGUGUUCAGUCAGCAGAGCGAAGUCAUCAGUCACACCAGCAGCCACGACGACAUGGAGAAGGGAUGUGACAGAAUCGGCAAGCUCACAUCAGAUGAAAACCUCUCAGAUUCAGUUCACUCUCAGCACUUUGCAGGUUCUGGUGCGUCCACGUACACCCUGGACAGCGGCAUCGGGACCUUCCCCCUCCCAGACUGCAGCAGCAGCGCGGCCGGGAGGAGCCUCACCAAGACCAGGGGGGGGGCCGAGCUCCUCUCCUCCGACUCCCCGGGGAGGGCUGGGCGGCGAGCUCGUACCCUGGACCGAGAGCCCACGUCACAGGAGGAGUGCAUGGCUCCGCACAAGCAGCUGAUUCCCACCAUCCAGUACGGCUCCGUGCUGGAGGCUCGGACCGCCGGCGUCAUCCAUGAAGAAAAAGAGGUCCAUGGAGCAAACAUGUUUUCCCCUCGUUCCAAGACCUGGACUUUCCCCAACCUGAAGACUCCUAGCGGACCUGCAGAGGUGUACCUGGCAGUGGAAGAGGAGGAGGAGGAGGUGGUAUCAUUCGGAUCCCCGUACAGAGGGAGCACGAAGGCCAGCACGUCGUCCUCUGGCCGGGUGGACCCGGGGAACCUGCCCCUCCCGGCCCCGGCCGGGCUGAGCCGCAGGGGCAAGGCUCGCCCCCCCAGCGGGCCGGAGGUGAGCCCGGCCGGGCUGGAGCUGCUCCGGGAGCGGCCGGAGGAAGCUCUGUCUCCCAGCCGCCCUCAGGUCCUGGAGACGCCCGAGUCCCUGAGCGACUCGCUGUACGACAGUCUGUCGUCCUGCGGCAGCCAGGGAUGACGAGCCGGGGACGGGCGGGACGUGGAGGACUGGAAGAAUCUGGUUCACAGGUUCACUGGCUAGACUUUAAUCCGCCACCACCGUUUGAAGAAAACACACUUCAUUCUGUUGAUGUCUGUAAAGAAUUAUAAUCAGCUGUUGCAACUGGAAAGAUGGAUUGAUCUCAUCUUCUCAGGAUUUCCAAUAAACAUGAAGCCAAAAGCCGCCCAAAUAAUAUAGGCUGUUCACUUUUUCACAAUCAGACUUAAAUGUGGACACUUAUCUUAGAAAUCCUGUUUCAAGAGUACAAAACGCAUGGCCAAGUUAAAAAGGAGCACAAGAGGUUGUCGUACUUGCUCAGUGUUUAAACAUCGCUUUUGGCUUCCUCCUCCUGUAGAAAGAUCUCUGCAUGGAGGAAGCAUUCACCGUAGAUAAGUAACUGUAUUACCUCCAUUCUGGUCCUGACAUCGUUUCACCACACAAUGUACCGAGGGGGAAAAGAAAUCAUGAAGCGCCAAGAAGAAAAGAAUGUUCAUGUCUGUGAUUCUUAAUUGUUUAAUCAUGCUUCACAAUGUUAAAUGUUAAGAAUGAGUUUAUUGACCAUGUGGAUAUUGUUUUGCAGCCAUCUGAGGUUAGAAUAUGUCAAUUUUUUUUAUCAUAAUGCAUUUAAAAGGUAAUAUAUACCAGCAAUAAUAACAUAGAAAAAAUAAAUAUCUACACUAUUUGAUGACUGUAUUUUUAUUAUUUAUUUAUUUUAAUUGUAAAUCAUUUGCAGCCAUCUUUUUUUUAUCUUUCUGUGAAAAUUGCAGUCCCAUUGCUUAGUAUACUGUGUUUUAUCUUGUGUGUUAUCAUAUCUGCCAUUAAUUAUCUAGCAAAUUGAGGUCUGAUGUACCUACU